AUGAUAAUUGAUUCAAUUAGUUCAGCUGAACCACAACAACAACAACAACAACAACAACAACAAUCGUCAUCAUUAUUGACAACAAAUGAACAGAAUCGUUUGAAUGAAAUUUAUAAUCGUUUAGCAAAUCAAGCACAAUUAUUGCCACACAAUGAUGAUACACAAACAUCGGCAUCAAAUUAUGAUGAACAAUCAUCACAAUCGGCGGCCGCUGGUUAUGGAAUGUAUCAGAAUCAGGAAGGUAUAUCGAAAAUAACGCAAAUCCCACAAGGAAGUAUGUUUACAUAUCCUGAUAAGAAUGGCAAAUUGGAAUUUGAAUCAAUGUAUGCUAAACAACCAUAUUCCAUUGUGUUUCGUACACAAUCGAUGCCAGUAAAAAUUAAACAACAACAUCAAACAUUACCAGCACCGGAAGUGGAAUUUGUUCGUUCACAGGAAGAAGCACAUCGUAUUAAACAUGAAGUAAUACGUCCAGUUAUUCAAGAGGUACAUGAAAUCAUACAACCAUAUCGUCGUGUUGUACAGGAAGUUCGUCCUGUUAUUGAGAAUGUUCACACGAUCGUUGCAAAAGGUGAACCAAGACAUGGUGGAGCCGGUGGUAGUGGUGGUGGUGUUGGUGGUAUGGGUAAAACAACAAGCCGUGCUGGUCAUGGUUCCGGUGGUGGAUAUCCCGAUAAUAUGAGCGGCAGUUAUAGUGAACAACGUAUUAGAUUUAUGGCAUUACCAUCGGAUGAUAUGGAUACAGAACAACAUCCACAUUCGCAUCAACAUGCACAAUCAAGAUUGACAAGACAACAACAUUUACAUCAUCCUCAUAUUCAUUCUCAUCAUCAUCAACAACAACAUCAUUCAAAAAAUUAUCGUGGUACAGCAAUGACUGAAUUACGGCCACAGAACAAUAAACCUAUACGUUAUAUUCAACGAAGAUAUUGGGAUCGAUAUUAAGAAAAAAAAAUCCAUACUAUCGAUAUUAUCGAUAUUAUUAUGAAUAUUUUUU